GAACCAGUCAGUUCGGUGCUGCUCUUCUGGCGAGGAGGAUGUUUCGCGUCGCUUCCGUUAGAUUCGUGUCGAUUUCGUAAACAAUGCUCUCGCAGCGAAGCGUUGCAUCGUGAUAGUCCACACGAGAUUCAAUUUUAUAGAUUGCCGAUCCAUGUUCUCGAUAGAUUCUCUUGGUUUUGAGUUGUCGCCUACGUUUUCCACCAACUUUUGUGUUUUGUCACGCGAGGACCGUUUGCCGGUGGAAUAGUCUUUCAGAUUCCCGGCUGAACCCAUCAAAUUGGUCAUUUACCAUCGUCUUGUGCAAACUGUGCCUAAUUGGAGUCGGCAGAUAAGGAGGUGUGCUACCACGUGACGCCAAAAUGAGGAACUCGCGAGCACAUGUUCUGAAAGUUCUGUUUGUGGUGACUGUGAUUGUGCAGACAGAGCUCUGGGGCAGGGUAAAUGCCGAUUUCGAGAACAGUUGGACGAUGUACCUCGAACAACCGUGCUGUUCGGGUACCGGAAACCAUCACGUUCGUCAUCACAGAGAUCAUGUCAGAGAAUUCACAUGCGGUCAACUAUACUACAGGACCUUCCACUUGGAUGCGAAGAGGGAUUCCUUAUAUGUUGGGGCAAUGGGUCGAGUUUUUCGUCUGAAUCUGAGCAAUAUCAACUCUUCGAACUGUGAGAGAGACGUCUUGAACUUGGAGCCUACAAAUGUCGCUCAAUGUGUAUCAAAAGGAAAGUCUGAGCAUUUCGACUGUCGCAAUCACAUCAGAGUCAUCCAAUCUAUGGGAGAUGGCAAAAGACUCUACAUCUGUGGUACCAAUGCUCACAACCCAAAGGACUGGGUGGUCAAUGCUAACCUGACACAUAUAGGUCGAAACUUCUUCGUUCCUGGCAUAGGACUGGGAAUAGCAAAAUGCCCUUACGACCCAGCAGACAACUCCACAGCGGUCUGGGUGGAACACGGAAACCCUGGCGAUCUACCCGGCUUGUAUUCCGGAACAAACGCGGAAUUCACGAAGGCCGACACUGUCAUCUUCAGGACAGACCUCCACAACCUCACCACCGGCAGGAAGGAGUUCAGUUUCAAGAGAACGAUCAAAUACGAUUCGAAAUGGCUAGACAAGCCAAACUUCGUGGGUUCCUUUGAUAUCGGCGACUAUGUACUCUUCUUCUUCCGUGAGACAGCCGUUGAAUACAUCAAUUGUGGCAAGAGCGUUUACUCCAGAGUGGCAAGAGUAUGCAAGAAGGAUACUGGUGGUAAAAACAUCCUAUCGCAGAACUGGGCAACCUAUCUGAAGGCCAGACUCAACUGUUCCAUCCCUGGGGAAUUCCCCUUCUAUUUCAACGAAAUACAGAGCAUCUACAGAGUUCCAGGCGACAACAAUAAAUUCUAUGGUACUUUCACUACCUCCACCAACGGUCUGAUGGGUUCCGCCAUAUGUUCUUUCACUCUGAAAGACAUUCACGCCGCCUUUGCCGGAAAAUUCAAGGAACAAGCGUCAUCUUCUUCUGCUUGGUUACCGGUGUUAUCUGGUCGUGUCCCUGAACCACGUCCAGGUACAUGCGUUAACAACACGGAAACUUUACCGGAUUCAGUGCUCAAUUUUAUCAGAUCUCAUCCCCUGAUGGACUCUGCAGUCCAACACGAACACGAGAAACCUGUCUUCUUCAAGAGAGACAUAAUCUUCACCAAAUUGGUGGUGGAUAAGGUACCGGUUGACAUUGGAGGUGCCGUUCUGGACUACACCGUCUACUACGCUGGAACAAACGAUGGACGCGUCCACAAGAUCGUGGAAUGGCAGAAGGAAGACGGGGACACUUCGUCGAUCCUUCUUGACGUGUUCGACGUGACGCCCGGCGAGGCUAUCCAAGUCAUGGAGAUCAGCAAGGAGCACAAGGCGAUCUACGUGGCCUCGGACUUGAGGAUAAAACAGGUCGAUCUGGUGAUGUGCAACAGAAGAUACGACAACUGUCUGAGAUGCGUGCACGAUCCUUAUUGUGGAUGGGACAAGGACUCCAACGUGUGCAAGCCUUACUCCCCUGGGCUCCUCCAGGACGUAUCGAACAGCACCGUCGACGUGUGCGACAGCAGCGUCGUGAAGAAGAAGAUGAUAGUGACGUGGGGUCAGAGCCUGCAUCUGGGCUGCUUCCUGAAGAUGCCCACCGUUCUGUCCUCCCAGACCAUCACCUGGUACCACUAUUCCAAAGACAAGGGUCGUUAUAAGAUACAGUUCAGACCAGAGAAAUAUAUCGAAACCUCCGAGAGGGGAUUGGUCAUCAUAGCUGUCACAGAGGCGGACGCCGGGCGUUACGACUGUUCCAUGGGCGCUUCGUUGUUGUGCUCCUAUAACGUCACGGUGGACGCACACAGAUGCGCACCGCCGGCCAAAACCAACGACUAUCAGAAGAUAUACUCGGACUGGUGCCACGAGUUCGAGAAGUACAAGUCUGCGAUGAAGACAUGGGAGAGGAAACAAGCUCAAUGCGCUUCGAGGCAGAACGACAGCAACCAAAACAACCACCCAAAUGAGAUAUACAGGCCACUGGUGUGAUAGCUCGUGCAGCACGGUCCGCUCGCACUGACGUUUCUAGGCAUCCCACUCUACUGGACCCGCGUGUUGUUCGUCUAGACGAGUGAUAGUAUGGACAAAAAGGACAGAAAAAAAAUUCGCGCGCCGAGCGGGACAGUGUAUUUCAAGUGACGCUCAACUGGAUGAUAUCCGACGCUUGUGUCGUUCUGAAUUCAUUAUCCAAGAUGAUUUUUUUAUGAUGAGAUAUUUUUUCACGUGAAUGAGUGUGUGCAAGAGUGAUAACGUCGAUAUUUCAGUAAAAUAAUGUCCGGAUGACUUUCCGUCAUUCCUAACCUUAAACCAUCCGAACUAACCUAAAAUUCGCAUCUAUGCUACUUCAAGUCUGACUAUUUCCAAAUCAGCCAAUAUUUCAGAAGAAUAUGGAAUAUUUUAUCGCAUUUUGUUUUGCUUCGAAAAUUUUACUUGAAAUCUCGAAAAUCGUUCUUCGCAUACCAAAUGUCUGUAAUAUAAUAUUGACUUCGACUUAGCUAGUAAACAUUUAUUAAAAAAAAAAGAAAAGUCUACAGAAAAACCCUAAAGAUGUCACGUCACAUUCGAGAAACUGAAUAAUUUUGAACAUUGUAGGACUGUGAUAUGCGUGUAUUGUAUUGUAAUUUUCAUGAAAUUGACUAAUUUGAUUUUUUUCGAUGUAAAUCAGCCUCAUAUUUCGGACCAAAGUGGGUGAACUUUCUCUAUGAAUAACUUUGAUUUAUGUUUUCUAACUGUAUAAUACAUCACGAUUUUAUGACUAAAUAUUAAUUUUUUUACUUUUUGAUGUUUUUUUUUUAAUUUAGUCAUAAAAUUGUACAUUCUAACUUGUAGAUUCAUCGCGUAUUGAAGCAAUAUCCUUUGCUUGUGAGAUGUUGGUCCUUCUAAAAUAUAUAUAUAAAAAAUGUACAUAUGUUUAACAUUCGAGUAAUCGUACUUAAUUAAUUUCGUACUUUACGUUGAACUGUAGGUUUUUGCCUGAAAAUUUUCGAAACUCUUAAAUCUAAGCUGUUUUUCGUUUUCUACUCAUAAAAUAGUUUGUAGUCCUUCAUUAUGGUUGAAGACAAUCAUUCUGCUGAAAUAAUGGAUAUCUCUACUCCAUUCUGUCUUUUACGCAGAUAAAUUUUUGUUUUUGACGAAAACAGAAAGAAGAUAGCACAAGAAUAGUACAUCAAUAAGAAAAACGUAGCAAUACUGGUCUUUUAAACAUAACAUUUCAGGAAUAUUAAACACUUCAAAUAGAACGAAAAUACGCACAAUUAUUUGAACAUUUACUCAGUUUAUUCUGUUCCAUCUGCUUAAACGUAUUUUUCAUUUAUCCAACCCUGUAAAUACCUAUGUAAAGUUAGUUGAAAAUUAUUAUACCAAUCUGGAAUACAUGCAUACUAAUAAACUAAUAUGAAAUAAA